AUGAACUCGCUCUUGCUAGAGCGGUCGGUAGGCCGUGUCGGGCCUAAUGAGUUUGCCCGCGUCCAGACGACUGCGCUGCUACGUUCUUUCGCCGCGGCCUCUCGCUUCCGUUUUGAUGGUGGGGAGCGUGCUGCGGGCGAGUCUCUAAGUCAAGCGAGUCAAACGAGUGGGCGGAGCGAGGGUGGGAAUGGUGGGAAUGAUAAGACUAAAACGUGCCGCUGGGCGCAUCAGGCUGGCGUGAGCGCCUUAGCCGUCGAACGUUUUGAUGGCCGCAUCCUGGUAUCUGGCGGCACCGAUGCAACUAUCAAGCUCUGGGAUCUGGAACAAUGCGCGAACCCAUCACGCUCCCACGUCUUCCAGCCCGUUGCGGCCAUCUCCCGCGCGGCUACCCCCAGUGACACAUCCGCCCACCGUUUUGGCAUAACCCACCUGUCUUUCUACCCGUUCGACAGCGCCGCUUUCCUCUCCUGCUCCCACGAUCAGACACUCAAACUCUGGGACACCCAGCGUGCCUCGGUCUCCGGCUCCUUCACCCUCGGCGCGCGGGUCUACACACACGCCAUGUCCCCCGUGGCCGCCCACCUUCUCGUUGCCUGCGGCACCCAGCACCCGGCCGUCCGUCUCGUCGACCUCCGGUCUUCGUCCGCCGUGCAGUCUUUAGUUUCCCCAGGCCAGAUAGGCGGGUCCGCCGGUGCUACCCUGGCCGUGGCCUGGUCACCCGUCCACGAACAUGUUCUCGCUAGCGGCUCGGUGGACGGCGCGGUGCGGAUCUGGGAUGUGCGGAAAUCCAACGGUCUCAUCGCUUUACUCGACCACGAGGACACCAUCGGCCUAGUCGACGAUAAACUCUCCCAACAACCUCGCUACCCCCAGCUCACAGCCAAAGCUCACGCCGGUCCCGUCAACGGGCUGACCUGGACCGACGAUGGUGCCUACCUCAUCUCGACUGGACACGACCGCCGGAUUCGCGUGUGGGACACCGCCACAGGCGCUAACACGCUCGCCAGCUUCGGCCCGAGUAUUCGUAACUCCGGUCAGAUGGCUGGGGCCGGUGUAGCUACAAUCCCCAUGUUUGUGUCACCCAUGGGCUUGACGCCCCCCGGGAGCGAGCUGUUGUUUUUCCCGAACGAGUCUGAGAUAUUGGUGAUGGAGUUACAUGAGGGGAAUGUGGUGACAAGACUACGAGGGAUGGGUCCGACGGUCGCGGCUGUGGGGACGCAGCGCGGUGAGAGGACGGUGAAAAACAGAGUUACAAGUGUCGCCUGGCGCGCAGCGGGCGGUAGUGGUAGUUCCAGCGGCGUAGCCAUGGGCGGCAACAAUGCUGCUGGUGGGCUCUUCAGCGGCCACCUUGACGGCCAGAUACGGGCAUGGUUGCCCGAGCUUGAAGGCACCCACAUCGAAGCUACGGACGACCAGACCAUCGACCAGCGCGAUGAAGCGGAAAAGACGAAAAAGAGAAAGGCAAUAGAUGACGCGUUUCAGAGUUUGAUGGGGCGAAAGGUCACAUUUUCUUGA